AGCGUCGAAGGAAGCAUAACGGUCUCAACAUGGCUUCUGUGAAUGGUGGAAGCGUUUUGAAAUUCGCCAAAUUAUCAGAAAAAGCAUUUGCACCUACGAAAGGUUCAGCAUUAGCGGCUGGAUACGAUUUACGAAGUGCUUAUGAGUGCGUUGUACCGGCUCGAGACAGGAGUUUGGUGAAAACUGAUAUACAAGUACAGGUUCCUCCUGGCACUUAUGGCAGAAUAGCUCCAAGGUCUGGUUUAGCAUUGAAAAAUUUCAUAGAUGUUGGCGCAGGCGUCAUUGAUGCGGACUAUCGCGAAGAAAAUGUAUGGAAGCUGUGCCAGGACGUCGCUACCAAACACGGAUCGGAAUUACAACAUUGUCACGUUGCUUUUAUAAGCAAUUCUCGACGUAGCGUUCCACUUUGGCGUCAACGAGCUGGCAAAGACGAGGACAAGCUCGUAGUUUGGGAUUAUCACGUUAUCCUCAUUUACGCGCCCGACGAGAGAGCCGUCGUUUACGAUUUGGAUAGCGCUUUACCAUAUCCAACGCACUUUUGGAAAUACGCUACGGAAACGUUCAGAUCGGACGAGGCCUUGCGACCAGAAUAUCACAGAAGAUUCCGAUUGGUUCCCGCCAGUCUUUAUUUGCAACAAUUUGCCUCGAACCGGCAACACAUGAAACGCGAGGACGGCACGUGGAUCAAAACGCCGCCCGAUUAUCCUCCGAUUUCAACGCCAACGUGCAAAGACAAUUUGGAUUCGUUUAUCAACAUGGACCCGGGUACCGGAUUAGGCACCGUCAUGAGCCUGAAACAGCUAGUGAACAGAUUCUAUAGGCCGAACGUUAACACACCGGCAUCGCCCUCACCUCAGACGCAAGCAACUCCGACUUAAAAACGAACGACCUCAAGAACGAGUAUUUACGCGUACUCGAAGCCUUUUGCUUCCUUUGAGGAAAAAAAAAAAAACAACAAAAAAGGAAAAGAAAGAAUUUACAAAAUCAUUAUAUCGUGUGGCCUAAGAGAGAGAGAGAGAGAGAGAGAGAGAGAAUCGAUAGGUGCUCGUCGUACGUCGUAUCUACGACUCUCUUCCCGUCGAGGGAUUCGAUACACCUUUCGAAAUACUUACCCACAAGCGUCUCGUUGUACAUAGGUCGCGCGUCGUCUUGUCUUCUCCUCUUGUGUCCUCUUCUCGUGUCGCAACGCACACGAGCAGAGAAAAGUAUAUACAUAUAAUGGCGAAACGAGUCGAGUCGCGAUACGAGUUCUCGUAGUUCGCGACGAUUCUAUCGGAUAUUCGUUCGCUUUGUUGAACAUAUCGAGGAACGUACGAAAUACCCGCAAACUAAGAUAUUUUUUAUUUUAUUCCGUUAGUAAUAAUUUAAUAAUAAUAAUAAUAAUAAUAAUGAUAAUUAAUGAUAACGAUUACGCGGAUGAUCCUCGUUUGUGUUCUCUGCGUUCGUUGAAAGUACGACGGGACACUUUUCUUUUUUAUCCACGCGUUUCUCUCCUUCACGGAAAAUCAAAAUACGAGGUCGCCGUUGUUCGAAAAAAAAGGGAAAAGUAAUAGAAGAAGAAGAAGAAUAUAAUUUAAUGGCUCCUUUAUACGCACACAUUUAUCAGUGAUUUAUUCGUCGGUAAGUACUUCUACCAUCGUAUACUUUAGGAAGGAUUCUUCGUAACGUUUCUCCACUCUUUUUCGAGGGUAUAUUUUUAUCUUUCUCUUUCUAAAUAUCUUUACUCGAGCCUUCUAUCCCCGUUCUCUAUCGCGCACAAUGUUACGACGUUUGACCAUGCAUCAAAAACUUAAAUCGCCUUUUAUAAGUGUUCUCGUCUACGGAAAAAAGAGGAAAACGUUUAAUGAUUAUAUACAUACGCACACACAUAUAUAUAUACAUAUAUAUAUGUAUAUAUAUAUAUAUAUAUAUAUAUAUAUAUAUAUAUAUAUAUACAAAUGGAUGCGCAUGUGUGUAUAAAAGACGAUCUUUCUCACUCAGCUUUACUCUCUAUCAGUGGUAUUAUUAUAAUUAUUGUGUCAAAGACUGAUGUAUUUACGGGAGAAUCCCAAACACGAAGAAAAUCCCUUUGGUGAUAUUCGUUGGCGCGUGUUCGUUGCACGAACGCGAUUAAAGCGCUUAUAAUUAAUGUGUGAUCGAUAAUGUAAGAAGCAACGUCUUACUCUCUUGCGAGAUAAUUGUAAUUAUAAACGAUUAUUAUAAUCCUUGUGAUACUUUACACUUUCUACUUUGAAUACUUACGCUGUACUUAUCUACCGUCGUUUGUACUAUAAGCCAGAGAUUCUUUUAGAAUUCUUACGAACCACGUGUUUGCUCGUCGAUGAAGAUAAACCCGGCAUGAUAUGCAAUACAUAUAUGUUGCGUAAUAUCGGUAGAGAUCAAAAACCAAAAAAAGAAAAAAAGAGAGAAAGGGAAGCACCCCGUUCGAAUCAACGAAUUUAUGAAUUAUGUUUCAAAGCGACACAAAUUACCCCUCCCCCGGACAACGAAGGAACUUUAAACAAAUAUCUCUUGUUUCGCGCUAAUCGUUCAAUCGAUUCGUUUCAUUCGAACUUCCUUUUCGAUGAUUAGAAUCUAAAAAUGUUGCGACGAUUCCGUCGCGAUAACGUCGUUUAUCUCUAUGUAAGAUAGGUACAUGAAUACAAUUAAUCGGGAAGAGCUUCAUCGGCGAACGACAGAUUAGGAAAAAGUAUUCAUUUUCUCGUGUAUAACGUAACGUUCGCGAGUCGACAACCUCGAAAGAGUUCGUCCACUCUUUGCCUUCCAAAACUUCUUACUCGCUCGCUUUAUUCUCCUUCAUUUCGAUAAUGUCUUUGAUCUCUUCGACUCUUUUACAUUACAUAUAUACAUAUAUACAUAUAUACAUAUAUAUAUAUAUAUAUAUAUAUAUACACAUAUAUAUAUAUAUAUAUAUCAUGUUACACUACGACCAAACGAGCAGGAAAAAAGCAUAUCCUGCUUAUCGAAGCGUAUUUUCGAUGUAGUCAAAGGGUAUUUGCGAUAAAAAAAAAAAGAAAAAAAUCGAAAAAAACAACAAAAAAAAAGUAAAACAAAAAAACAACAAAAAAAGGUCAUUUCUUUUCUCUUCUUCUUGUUAAUAGAUACCAAAAGAAUUUAUUGCCUUUAUACGAAAUGUCGGGCAUCGUGUUACGCACUUCGGUGAUGUAGUACCGAGCUCUUUAUAUAAAUUACAAUAAAAUUGUUACACUUAUCAAAACAAACAAGGCGAAAAUACAGAAAAAAGAUACAAUUUCUCUUUAUCGUUCAUAUGGAGCAUUGUUAUGUAUAUCAAAA